AGAACUCAAAGGUUCUGCGAAAAAAAUAAGCCCGAUGGUUUGGAGUUUGCGUGGGUGGACACGUGUUGCAUCAACGGGAGCAGCACGGGAUCGGACAAAUUGCUUCGGUCGAUGUUUCGAUGGUGCCACAACUCUAGCAUUUGCAUAGUCCAUCUUGGUAGACGACAACUACCCUCGGUGAUACGGAAGAAGAUGAAUGUUGGCAGAGGGAGUUCAGGAACACUGUAUACAUUGCCCCGCGGACCAUGA